UUUAAUUGAUUAAAAAAUUAAAAGUAAUUUUCGUUUUGAAAACUUUAUCCUCUUAGUCUUGAAUGUGACAUGAGGCUACUUUCACUUUUACUGACAUUUCUACAUUUCGGUGGCUAUGAUUUUGUUUUAGCAAGGUCCAGUGACUGUUUAAAGUUAUCAAUUUUAGAUCUAGUCACAAAUAGCCAAUGUCCGAGACAUUUUGCUCCACAAAGUUUUCGUACAUGGCGAUUUGACCGUCAUCAGGAUCUAGCCACCUCCUUCCCGUUGGAUCCUAUUGCACAAAAUUUUGUUCGACAAGUCCCGGGCUGUUUGUUCUCGGUCACCUAUCCUAUUCCACUGAAGUCAAAACUGCAGCUUGUUGCUUUUUCUAAGCCGGUUCUUAAUGAUAUUCUUGGUCUGACUGAUGCUGCAACCUCAGAAGUAGAGUUUGUGGAAUUUGUGAGUGGCUCUCUCAUUUUGCCUGGUUCUCUCCCUUUGUCACACAGGUAUGGAGGGCACCAGUUCGGAUACUGGUCGGGACAGUUGGGAGAUGGGAGGGCGGUCACGCUGGGGAAGUUUGUCAGUCACCUAGGUGAAAGAUGGGAGCUCCAACUGAAGGGGUCAGGACGAACACCGUACUCACGCCAUGGAGACGGUCGAGCGGUGCUGAGGUCAUCAGUUAGAGAGUUCUUGUGUAGUGAAGCAAUGUUUCAUCUCGGUAUUCCAACCAGUCGAGCGGCAACACUUGUAGUGUCUGAUGAUCUAGUUGUGCGUGAUCAGUUUUAUAACGGUAAUCUACGAACAGAGAGAGCUGCGGUUGUCCUUAGGUUGGCUCCUUCCUGGUUCCGAAUUGGUUCAUUAGAGAUAUUGGCGAAAAACAAGGAACUUGAGCUUCUCCAACAGCUUUUGGAUUUUGUCAUCAAGAAUCAUUUUCCUCAGGUUGAUAUUAAGGAUAAGGACAGGUACUUAGCUCUGUACAGUACAAUUGUGUCACAAACAGCUCAGCUAGUGGCCCAGUGGCAGAGUGUGGGAUUUACCCAUGGCGUCUGCAACACCGAUAACUUCAGUCUUCUUUCUAUCACCAUUGACUAUGGACCUUUUGGGUUUAUGGACGAGUACAAUCCUAGAUUUGUUCCCAAUACUUCGGAUGAUGAAGGAAGAUACAGCUAUGAAAACCAGCCAGAUGUCGGUUACUUCAACUUGGAAAAACUUGGAGAUGCUUUAAAACCAGUCCUGAAAAGAUCUCAAGUGAAACAACUUCAGAACAUUCUGAAAGGUUAUGAGAGAAUUUAUAAAGACAAGUUCAUGGAACUGUUUAGGAGAAAACUAGGCUUAUUGACCAUUGAUGAAGAUGAUGAAAAUUUAGCGGCUGUAUUUUUAAAAAUCAUGGAGGACACAAAAGCAGAUUUUACUAUGUCUUUUCGUGAACUUGGAGAAAUGGAUCUGAGAGAAAUAUUAAAUACGAAAGAAGUACCCAAGAAAUACUGGGCACUGACUUCAAUGGCAGACCAUGAGUGGUUCUGGAAUUGGGUAGAUAAAUAUAAAAUCAGGCUGAAGCAGGAAGGGAUAGAUGAGGCGACUCGACAGAUACUGAUGAAUAAGACCAACCCCAGGUACAUACUGAGGAACUGGAUGGCUCAAGAGGCCAUAGAGAGGGCUAACAGCAAUGAUUUCAGUGGGGUCCAGGAACUACUGAGGGUCCUGGAGCACCCCACAGACUGGGAACCAGAGGCUGAGUGGGCAGGGUAUGCCUCACGACCCCCAGACUGGUCCAAAUCUCUGAAAGUCAGCUGCUCCUCAUGAUUCUAGGAAGGAAUGAUUAAUGGGGGGGG